CUGGUUCCGGACGGACUCGCCGCACGCUCCUCCACUCCCUCCGCGUGUGCUGUCCUCGCCGUGCACGCGCGUGGUACCCACGGUCGUGAGGAGGAGGAGGAUGUUGCGCGUGAAGGGGAAAUGGCUGCCGAAAACAAGCCGGAAGGACUGAAGAAAGUUCGUAAUCCGGAUCGAAUGUACAGAUCAACCGUGUGUUACGCUGGCCACGGUCCACCUAAGAGUAUCAGUGAUGACGCAGAGACCAACAAUGAACAUGGACAUUUGAAAAUAUACCUGCCCAAGAAGCUGCUUGAAUGUCUACCAAAAUGUACCUCGCUGCCAAAAGAGAGACACCGGUGGAACACCAAUGAGGAGAUCGCAGCUUACUUGAUAACAUUUGAAAAGCAUGAAGAAUGGCUAACAACAUCCCCUAAAACAAGGCCGCAGAAUGGGUCGAUGAUAUUGUACAAUCGGAAGAAAGUGAAGUACAGAAAGGAUGGCUACUGUUGGAAGAAGAGGAAAGAUGGGAAGACCACACGGGAGGAUCACAUGAAGCUGAAAGUGCAAGGAGUUGAGUGUCUGUAUGGCUGCUACGUUCACUCAUCCAUCAUCCCCACCUUCCACCGUAGGUGCUAUUGGCUGCUCCAGAACCCUGACAUUGUGCUCGUCCAUUAUUUGAAUGUGCCAGCCAUUGAGGAUUGUGGGAAACCAUGUGGUCCAAUCCUGUGCUCCAUCAAUACGGACAAGAAGGAGUGGGCCAAGUGGACCAAGGAGGAGCUGAUCGGCCAGCUCAAACCCAUGUUUCAUGGCAUCAAGUGGACUUGCAGCAAUGGGAACAGCAGCUCUGGCUUCUCAGUGGAGCAGCUAGUGCAACAGAUACUGGACAGCCACCAAACUAAGCCACCGCCCCGGACUCACAACUGCCUCUGCACGGGCACGCUGGGUGCAGGUAGCAGUGUGCACCAUAAAUGCAAUAGUGCCAAACACCGAAUCAUCUCUCCCAAAUUGGACCCCCGCACAGGAGCCUACAGCAGCGCUCACUCUGAAGUACAAAACAACGACGUGUCAGAGGGGAAGACUGAGCACUGUGGUCAUGGUGGAAGCAAAAACUCUGGUGGUGGGGGCGGAGGAGGCAGCACCAGGGAGAAACGCAACGGGAAAGUCCACAAGCCCAUUUUGUUGCAUCAGAACAGCACUGAGGUGUCAUCUACCAACCAGGUCGAGGUGCCUGACACCACACAGAACUCCCCUGUGUCCAUCAGCAGUGGCCUCAACAGCGACCCUGACAUGGCUGACAGCCCUGUGGUGACAGGAAUAAGUCAUGUGGCCUCUGUCAUGUCUGGCCUCUCGCAAGGGGUCUUUAUGUCAGAGGUGACUGGAGACAACAUCUACAGCAUGUCUCCAACUGGCGGCCCCAACACUCACCUAAUGGGUGGAGAUGCCAACUCCCAGGGCUUGGUGCUCUCUGAUCGUCAUAAAUUUGCUUUCCCGAGUGGAGGAGUAGGGGAACCUGGGAAUACGGGAGACAGUCUGUCCAUGUUGUCUUCCGCAGGAGUUUCUGAAGAACUGGUGCUCUCAAGCAGUCUGGACUCUGGAAGUAUCAAGAUCCCAGAGACCAACAUGAACUUUGACCCCGACUGCUUCCUGAACAACCCCAAACAAGGCCAGACCUAUGGAGGCAGUGCAAUGAAGACAGAGGCUAACUGUACCUCAUCCUCCUGCGGGGUCAGUGGUAGUGCCAACGACAGACUGCAGACCUCCCCUUCAAUGUCAGAUAAUGGCUACAGCUUCAACUCAGCUUUAGUGAAGAAUAUUAAGACUGAGGACACAUCCUUUGAACAGCAGCUGGCCGCGGAGAGUGGCUACCAAGUGGGGGCAGUAGUGAACUGUGGAAGCGGGGUGUCUGUGCCACCCAGUGCUGGCUCAGGCCUCACUUUGACCCCAGCAGGAUCCUUACUUCCUUCUGGUGGUGGUCUAAGUCCGAGUACCACUCUGGAGCAGAUGGAUUUCAGUGCUAUUGAUGCUAAGCAAGACUACACAUCCAAUGCUUCUACAGUGAGCUAUGGUCGGGCCUUGUCCAGUCCUCACAUGUCACACCAAAACCGUUCUCCCAGUUUCUUCCUUCAGGAUACCUCUCAAUCCAGCCAGGCUCAGCAUGGGAGAGCCAGUAUGGGCCAGAAAACACAAAUAGUGGAGCACAACUCUCAUGAUUCUGGAGCUUAUAUGGGGCUGCAGGUUGUAAAGACCGAAUCUCCUGGGAGCAAUGGUCACCUCCACCACCACCAGCAGAACCGACAUCGGGCCAACUGUAAUGGAGGCUCACCAACAAAUGGCCCUGGCCAAGCUGGUUCCCUGCAGCUGCUACAGUACCAGGGGACAUUCCCUGGUCUCGGCACCGAGCAUGAGGAAGUAGUGGGUAUUGAGCAGCCAGGCAGUGUCAGUUCAGGACAGGCUGGAGCCACAGAAAAUGGUGCAGAGAAUCAACUCAAGCAAGGGGAUCAAAUGCAAGCCUGUGUGGCGCGAAAUGGAGAGGGAGGUGGCCCUGAACACUAUCUGCAGCAGGCAUCUGAUGGCGGAGGAGGAGGAAAUGGUGGUGCGGGUGAAGGAAUCACGCUUCACAAUGGAAACAGUGAUGGUAGCAAUCUCACUCCACAGCAACAGCAGCUGCCGCCACUCCUCCAAGGCGCAGGCAUGGUCCAGAGUCUCUACAACACUGUUGCAGCCCACCAAGGCCUGGGAGGACCAGCUAAUAGUGGAGGAGCAGGGGGGGCAGGCAUGGAGAUUAGUCUGGAUCACUUUGACAUCUCUUUUGGAAACCAGUUCUCUGACCUUAUUAAUGACUUUAUCUCAGUGGAUGGCAGUGGAACAGCCAUGUCCGCUGGAGGGACUCUCUAUGCUCACCAGCUCGUCACUUCCCACAGCGCCGAUGGUCAAAACACCGCUGGUGGGGCCCCCCCGCAGGGCCAGGAGGAUGUAGUAGCCAGGGGUUCUGGCUACAACACAUCAGAGCUCUGCCUUCAACCAUGCUGCAGCCCCCAGUCUCUCAGUGGAGGAACAGGAGCAGGAGGAAAUACAGGGGAGGCAGGUUCACUGUCGUACAUGAAUGUAGCCGAUGUGGUCUCUGCAGCCGUUGCCCACGGCACUCUGGGGAUGCUCCAGGCCACUGGGCGCCUCUUUAUGGUCACAGACUACUCUCCUGAGUGGUCCUAUCCUGAGGGUGGUGUUAAAGUGUUAAUCACUGGUCCCUGGCAUGAGGCAGCUUCAAACUACAGCUGUUUGUUUGACCAGAUUUCAGUCCCUGCCUCUCUCAUCCAGCCAGGAGUGCUGCGCUGCUACUGCCCAGCUCAUGACACAGGUCUGGUGGCGCUACAGGUGGCUGUCAGUAAUCAGAUCAUCUCCAACUCUGUGGUUUUUGAGUACAAGGCUCGUGCUCUUCCCUCCCUGCCCUCUUCUCAGCAUGACUGGCUCUCUUUGGAUGAUAACCAGUUCAGAAUGUCGAUCCUGGAGCGCUUGGAACAGAUGGAGAGGAGGAUGGCGGAGAUGGCCAGUCACCAGCAACAGAGCGGUGCAGGGAGUGGUGGAGCUGGAGGAGGAACAGGAGGAGCGGGCACAGGGGGAGGUGGUGGAGGGGGAGACAACAGCCAGCCCCAGUGUGUAUCCGGCCAAACGCAGGCCAGCAGCUCCUUCGAGAGUCGUGUCGUGGUGGUUUGUGAGAAGAUGAUGAGUCGAGCUUGCUGGGUCAAAUCCAAACAUUUAAUCCACUCAAAGACUUUCCGAGGCAUGACACUCCUUCACCUGGCUGCUGGCCAGGGCUAUGCCACCCUCAUCCAAACACUCAUCAAGUGGCGCACUAAGCAUGCUGAUAGUAUUGAUUUGGAGUUAGAAGUGGACCCUCUUAAUGUGGAUCAUUUCUCCUGCACGCCUCUGAUGUGGGCAUGUGCGCUUGGUCACCUGGAGGCAGCUGUGGUCCUGUAUAAAUGGGAUCGACGGGCUCUGGUCAUUCCAGAUUCUCUUGGCCGCCUACCACUUUCGAUCGCCCGUUCUCGUGGUCAUACCAAACUCGCUGAAUGUCUGGAGAAACUGCAGCGGGAGGAGCAGCAGCCACAAGCUCCUCUACCCCCUGCAUCUCACAUGUCUUUCUCUCCAGACACCCCUACAACAGACAGUUGGAUGCUCAGUUGGGCAAAUGAUAGUGUUUCUGCGCCUGGUGGUAAAAGAGUAGGUUCUGCUACCACGACAACCACAUCCAGCCUCAAUCCAGACCUGAGGAGGCCUCGGUCUGAGCCUUCCAGCUACUACACCAGCGAGGGCCAAAGAGAUCUUCCACUAGCUAAAAAGCAUAAACCCAACCCAGAACUGUUUCAGACGCGGCCUGACAAGGCCAUGUCCGUUCCUCUUAGCCUCGAGCAGCAGCAGCUCCAUAAACUGUCCACCAGCCCCAAGACCCAGCCCUCAGAGGGCGCUGAAAAUGGCCUGUCAACUGGAGGUAGCACAGGUACAGCCAGAUGGAGCCCCAGGGAGAGUUUCUCCUGCAGCAGCAUAGGGAGGAAGGGGUUAGGGGUCAGCGGGAGCAGCACUUUAGGAAAGGAAAAGAUUGUCACCAGGUUACGUCAGCGAGAACAGCUUGGCAUGCUGGUGAUGGCAGACAGAGACAUGGCUGAUGCAGAAAUGCUAGCCUAUCGGGAGGAUCUGGAGAAUCAGGACUGUCUUACGCAGAUGGAUGACCUGCAGGCAAACAUGAUGACUCUGGCAGAACACAUCAUUGAGGCAACGCCGGAGAGAAUCAAGAGGGAGAACUUUACUGCAGCAGACAUUUUACCGGUAGACACAUCUGGGGUUAACAGCACCAUGAACUGGCUGGCCAACUACCUGGGAGAUGUAGAGCAGCUGCCAAGCAUCCUACACUUACGCCUGAGUCCUGAUGGGUCCCCACUGGGAGAGGGGCCCCUGGAGAGGUCCACACUUCCAUCGCCUGCAGACUGGAAUGAGUUCCUUAAUGCCUCCAACAGCAAGGUGGAGAGAGACCUGGCCCAGCUGACUCUGUCUGAUCCAGAACAGAGAGAACUAUACGAAGCUGCCCGCCUAGUUCAGACAGCCUUCCACAAGUACAAGGGGCGGCCACUCCGAGAGCAACAGGAAGUAGCUGCUGCUGUUAUUCAGCGUUGUUACAAGAAAUACAGACAGCUUACAUGGAUAGCCUUGAAGUAUGCACUUUAUAAGAAGAUGACGCAGGCCGCCAUCCUUAUCCAGAGUAAAUUCCGUAGCUACCACGAGCAGAAGAAGUUCCAGCAGAGCAGGAGGGCUGCCAUGCUCAUUCAGCAAUACUACCGCAGCUACAAGGAGUUUGGCAGGCUCAAGCCUCACCACCGUGGGUCGGCCGCUGCCCUGGUGCAGCACAAAUUGAGAGGUUGUCUGCUCACCAAGAAGCAGGAUCAAGCUGCCAGGAAGAUCAUGAGGUUCUUGCGUCGUUGCCGCCACAGCCCCUUGAUGGACCAUAGACUGUUCAAGCGGGGUGAGAGAAUUGAAAAGGGCCAGGGAACAUGAGACCACUCAGAAGAGCCCCCUUGCAAUGUGACAUCACUCCUCUAACACCUCCUUUUUUAUUUGUAUUAUAUUUUUUCGGAAACAAGACAUUAUACAACAAAAAUGGAUGAAAAAUAGCAUCAGUGCAGUGUCACUCUAACACAUUUUUUUCCACACACAUAUAUAUGUAUAUAUAUAGAUAUAUAUACACAUAUAUAUACAUAUAUAUAUAUAUUAUUCUUUCUACUGGAUUUCAUUGGAGAGUGGCAACUUCUACUCCGGAAUCAUAAACUUCAGUGGGGCAAGAGGGGUGCAGAACGUUUUGCUUUAUGGCAUUUUUUUGCACUUUUUUCUGGACAUGAUUUCAGACUGUGAAGGAAGAAAACGCAGGACAAACCACAGGAGGUCUGAGGCUUGUGAAUAAACGUGUAUAAAGGCUGCUGCUGAAUAUCUCAGAUCAUAGGGAGACCUUACUGGAUGACUCUAAUUGUAUUUCAGAUUUUAAUUUUUUUUUUUUAAAGGGGAUGGAUUUUUUUGUUUUUUUAUCCGAAUAAAUGAGUAAACCCACAUCGCCACAUCAGUGAUACGUUAUAAUCGUCUCCCACUGUGCUCUGCCCCGUCUCUCCGCCCACAAGGUGGAAGCUACAACUGAAUGUAGUCAGGGGUGAACUGCGCAGAAGCAAAUGAGGGAUUUACAGUAAUUGCUCUUUUUUUCUGUUGCCUGUUGUCACUUUAUUACUUGAAUUUGUUCCAUACUGUCAAAAAGUGUUUGUCCCCUAAUGUCUAAUGUGUUGGUGAUCUGUAUCUUCAGGUUCUAUGUUGUAGAAUCUUAUCCCAAAAGAAAAAUGCAUGACUUCUGCGUAAAAGAAAAGUCUUUGCUUGUAUGUUUAUGGUCUUAGUCUUUCAGCCGAUCCUCGGGUUCUCUCGGCACAUGUCCAUCAUCAUUGUAUUUGUUUCUCACUUUUGCCUAUUUUGCGUUGUUAAAGUUCGGGUCAUGCAGGUUCUUACGGUUGUUUUUUCAGUGAACUUCAGAGCCUGCAAGGGCUUUUGAGGGGAAGAUCACAUACAUUGCCUUGACGUCUUAGAGAUUCUUUGAGGGGUCCCUAAGCUUGUCCCAAAAUAGGGGUUUGACAAAUCCAUAUUUUUGACAAUUAAGCGAACGUUUCUGUAUAUAACGAAGGCUGAACGUAUGUAGGGGGGGAAAAAAACACAUUUACCCGAUGGGGAUUGUAUUUUAGAAAUAUAUUAUUUUAUUCAUUAAAAAAAAUGGGUUAACAAGAGGUACAAGACAAACACAAAUAUUUGUAUAGUUUUCUUUGAAUGCCUACGAAGUACAGUUGUAUUGUUUGUAAAUAGUGUAAAUAACUGGGAUAAAAAUGAGUUAUGUGCAUGAAAAGUAUGAAGAGUCAAAGGGGGGGAAAAAACAACAAAGCAGUAGUGGCUAUGCGCUGUAAAAAGAAAACAAUUUCACUAUUUUAGUCUUAUUUUGAUUGUUCCUAAAAAGAACAUUUUUGCUGAAGCAUGUUAUUAUUGCCAUAUGAAAACAGACUUUAUGUAGAGUUAGGAAAUGUCUGUAAAAUUUACUCUAAAGCAAAAACCUUGUUUUUGUUUCUUAGCUACCCAUAAUCCUUUGCCAAUGGUGCCAAGGAAUGCGAACGCUACAUCAUAGCUUAAAACAUAUUUUGCAAAGCUGAUAAUCAUAAAGACCAUAACUGACCGAGAACAAUAAUAACAUUUUAAAGGGGAGUUAUAUCCAAGUAGAAGGCUUUUUAAGUCCCUCCCAUCACUUUUAGCUUAUAGCAGAGUUUUUAUUUAUGUUCUUUUUGCAAAAGGAAUGUGACGAGUGAUGAUUUUAAAGAUUGUAAAUGGCAGCCUUGACCAGGGUCUUUUUUCGAGAAGACGUGAAUGACUUUGCAUCUUUUAAAAUGUGCCGUACACUGUUGUAGUAUUAUCUCACUAAAAUCACACAACUUUCCUAAUUCAGUAUUUCAGUAUUCUUGAUCAAGGCUGCCAGUUCUGAACCAACCUUAUGUUGUACAUUGUUUGUAACAAAAAAAAAAAAAAAAAAGAAGAAAAAAGUUCAAUAUUUUACGCUGACAAACAUGUAGCAUAUAUUGUGCAUGGCUGGAUCUCUUUGUCAAGCAGCAACAUCCAAAGGUGCUAAAUUUAUUUGAUCCAAAAUUGAACAUUAAAAAAUGGUCACUAAAAACUGUAGUCAAUAAGUGUAUUUUUCAUAUUGAAAUUACACAAACAGUCAUAUUUGUUCAACCAUAAUUUGGCUUAAUUGAAUGUUGUCAUUUUUAAGUCUGAUUCGUGCACUUUAUUUGGACAGUGUUUAUGUAGAAAGUGCCUAUUCGCUAAACCUAAAAACUCCUGCUUUUCUCCAUUGGAGUCACCCACAGAGCAACACAAUUACCUGCCAAUGAUCAAAGCUAUCGUACGAUAUUUCCUCUUCUCAGCGAUGUCAACUGCUUGUCUUGCUUUCUGUCUUUUUUUUAAUUGUUCUCUGCUGGCACGGAAUGUUCAAAUCACACCUAUAAAUGCCACUACUGGGGUUUGUUGCGACACAUUCGCCCUCUAUCCUGCGGGUCGAACGCAUAGCCAAUGCAACUUGCUAAAGGGAGGGGGAUUUAUUAUGCUUGCAUGGGUAAAAUAGUCAACUGGGUGAUAGACGUGCACCUGAAGCAUGCUUACUUUCCUAGAAUCGGUAGUCGGAUGAACUUGUUAUAUGACAUACAGGUUCUGCAAUGCGAUGACGUGCCACACAAAGAGGAGAGGGCACCAGUUCGAUAAAAAGUAGCUACUAAUGUUUUCACAGCAAUGGAUUCAAUGAGCAUUGUUUUCCUGUUCAUUUACACUAUGUGUUUCAUUCCUUUAAAUUUAGCGUGUGUUCCCCAAAUUUCAACAAUAAACGAUAAGCUUUUCAGAUUAGAUUAGCGAACACAAACAGAUGCGUCGAUAUGUCAAAGGUGGGCAUUUCCCUGCUGUAGCCUGCAGGGGCUGUGUUGUCUCCCUUCUGUGUUUUACUCAGGUGCCAAGAUAGGGUAAAUAAGUAAUAGCGAGUAGUAAACUUAAACAAUGGAGUAAAUCAGGGGUGUCCAAACUUUUUCCACUGAGGGCUGCAAAAAUUAAAGCAUGUGGGGGACAUUUUGAUAUUUUUCAUUUUCAAACCAUAACAAAAUAUAUGGAUUUAUUUUAUUUAUUUUACCUUUAGGGGUCCCGGGGACCAUAAAGGGUCUCAGUCAUUAAAAUUUUAAUAAUAAGUCAUAACAUUUUUUUAUUAUUAUUAUGUAACGCUUACAGUAAAUCUCUAUAUCAACUUCAAGUUGAUAUAAAGUAAUAAACAAAAAAAGGUUUAAUGGCUUUUCUGUCAAAAACAACUUUGUUUUUUUUAUAGUAAAACUAAAAUAUACAGUAUUUAGUAAUUAGAGCCCUAAAAGAUCAAUAAUGCAGGACACCAUUGAUUAUAAUCCUUUAAUAUUUUUGAGUAAUCACAGUGAAAAGAUAAAUAAAAUACCACUAAAUAUAUUUGGGAUCCAAAAAGUGCCCCACUCAUAAAGUGAUACAUAGACCCCCAUUAUUUAUUAUUUACUUUUUACUUUUUAAAUUAUAUCUCAAUUCUGUACACUGCUGCUGGGAUUUUAAUUUUCCUGAGGGAACUCUCCUGAAGGAAUCAAUAAAGUACUAUCUCUCUAUCUAUUUUUAAUAGGUUUUUCUUUUACUUUCAACACUUAAGUUACGAGAUGAACUUCAGAUAUAUCUUAUACGUUUGAACUAUUAUUUUGUUUGUUUUAUGCUCUUUUGUCAAAGAAAACUUUGAUGUUUUUAUAUGGCAACUACACAAUAUAUGCAAUAUUUACCACAUAAAAAAAUGUUUAGUGAAAUAUUUGAAGUAACUGGAGCCUUGAAAAUAAUUCAUUAAAACAUGGAUUUUUUUGUCAUUAUUUUUUGUUUGUUUGAGCAAUGGCAAAAAAAAAUAAAGAAAGACAAAAGAAAAGAAAAAAACAGCCUGCAUGGCAGCUUUGUGUCAACAUUGCAACUUUUUCUCGUUAGAUUUUACCUCAUUCAAUAAUAACAAUAGCAUUUCCAGAAUGUGUGGCGAGCCGCUAAACAAUUAGCUGCAGGCCGCAAAUAGCCCCCGGGGCCGCACUUUGGACAUCCCUGGAGUAAAUAGAGCAAAGCAAAAGAGGCUGAGUUUGAAUGAAAACCUGAACAAAAGUUGCAGGCACCAGCAGAUCAGUGGAUUUAUUGAAGAUGAUUUUACAUUUUGCAUUAGAUGUGCCCAACAGAUUAAUGUGAAAUUGAAUUGAGUCUUUCUGUGAAUUUUGAUUUAACGAGUCUGUAAAUUGACCAAAGAAUCUGGCUUCACCCCAAACCUCCCCCCACCCCCCUUCAUCUUCCACUCAUCAAUGCAGAGCAAUAAAGUUAUUUUGUGGAGACCUAUGUUCAAAAUGAUCAGACAUACCUAGUGGACUGACUCUUAUGCAAAUGCCAGUAUUGCAAGACAAGCAUUCAGUAGUUAAUGGAGAGCACCCUUAUACCGAAAUGCACGUUUUCAUCAAUUCCAAACACGAAGAGAAAAAAAGACCCAACUUUGAUAGAAAGCUAUGGGUCCUCAACACGUUGCAUGUGAACUAGUGUUAGAUCUACUUUCCUCUCCUCUAUAGCGCUCCUUCUGACUCUUCUCUGUUAUGUGACUUUUGUCCGCUGCUGCCCUCAAAAGUUCCAGCUCCCCUUGGUUUUUUCCUGAUGUGUUUUCCUUUCUCCUUCCCUCCCGCACCCUCCUUACCUUCUCUUGUUUGUAGGUUUUAUUUUUUGUAAUUGUGCAUGUACAAGCGUCACUGACUCGAUGGAUAUGUUUAAAAAAAAAAAAAAAAAAAAGAGAAAAAAAAGUGAUUUCAGCUGCUCAAGCCAUGCAAAACAUUUUGAAUUGCCCUUACAAUAUGGAAGAUGUUUUCUGAAUGCUUUAUAUUCUUUCUGCUGUAAAAUAAUAAAAACAUGAAAAAAUGUUGAAAAGUUAACAGGUCACUAGUCUUUCUGUUUCCCCCUGUGAGACUGGCUUUAGUUGGCACAUUUCGACAAAGAUUUCCACAAUCAUUUUAAACAUGCGUGUAUCGACAUUUGUCUUGCAUUAGAAACUCAAUGGCCUUUAUCAAAAUUAUAAAUAUAAAAUAUCGGUUCAUGCACAUAAAGUUAUGUUUACAAUGUUGUGACAAAUCUCAAUUACAGUCGUUCUUUGUUUAUCGCUAUUUAAUUGGUUCCCGACAUGAGCACAACUAAGGAAUUCCCGCUAAAAAGGCAUCAUAAUUAUAGAUCAAAUAUUUCCAAAGCUAGAGCAUAAACACAGUUUACGUGAAUACGUUUUCAGCAUUAUGAGAGUCGUAAAUAACUCAGUUUAGUCACUCUCAUAAUCCAAUAUAGUAAUGCUAUCUGAGGCUGAGCCAAUCAGUGGCCACGAUACUGAACAGCAUGCGCUGAUUGGAUUGAUCUCCUCUAGUGUAAUACUCCUGGAGUAUUGAUUUGUUUGUUUAUUUCGCCAAUUUAUGCUUAAAACAGCUUAAUUUAGGACCCAAAAAAUAGCAGAAUAUUCUUAAAAAAACAUAAAAAGUAUGUUUUAAAAAUCUGUGAUGUGGUGAGGGACAACUGUACUGUUAUGUGUGUGGGUGUACGUGUGUUUGUGUGUGUAUGUGUGUACAUUAAGCACAUGCAUGACAUGACAGUUUUACACAGUACUUCCAGAAACAUUCUGCAUACCCUCCUCUUUUUCUAAACUGCUUGUGAAUGCCCAGUAGCUGACUAAAAGGGUUUUGCAGACACUGUUUCUCCAGUAAGACCUGGAAGAGAGGAAAUCUGUUAAUUGGUCAGUUGUACAAAUAGAACAAAUUUACUGUGCUGUCAUUUUUGUACAAAUCCCAACCUCUCUUUUCAGCCCUUUCAGAAGUUUGCCUGUAGUUCUGACACCUACGUUAGAAUAAAACAAAGAGUGUGGUGGUGUGUGAGGUAGGUCACAUGUCAGCACCAGUCAAGCCACAAAAAACAAUGACUAUAAUUAGUAUUUACAUAUGCAAUUGACAUACAAUGACCCCUCUUUUUCAAGACCGGUUGUCGGAAAAGUAUUUUUUAAGACAAAAAUAAUAUACUUAACCAUGUUUUUAAUACCAGUAUAUUAUCCAGCAUAUUUUGUUAAUCGUAUUUCUUAGCGGCUCUAAAGUUUGAUGACUUUUCUUCAUGAUCGCCACUAUGUUCAAAUUUGCAGCUUCUAUAUUGUGUUUGCUAAGGCUUCUUUCACACUUAUGGUUUGGUACUCAGUCAAAUAUUUAAAAGGCUGCGCAGUAAAAAGUAAAAAAAAAAACGGUGCAUAAAUGUAGGACUUAUUUGGACAGCUUCAUCUAUUUCAAAUAUUCUGAAAAAGACACCAUCUGCUGGGUUGAAUAUAUUACAUUAUAUAUAUAUAUAUAUAUAUAUAGUCGAGGCGUCUGUGGUUUAUCCAUUAUACAGUGCUCAAUACCAGGGUAGAGCGGAAUAUAUGUUAGGUCAGGAAAAAACACAAGAGGCUAUAUCAUCCCUACAAGCCUGUUUUGAGCAGAGAAACCUGUGAAACAGGCUUGUAGGGAUGAUAUAGCCUCUGUGUUUUUUCCUGACCUAAUGUAUAGAUACAGGACUGUCUCAGAAAAUUACAAUAUUGUGAUAAAGUUCUUUAUUUUCUGUAAUGCAAUUAAAAAAACAAAAAUGUCAUACAUUCUGGAUUCAUUACACAUCAACUGAAAUAUUGCAAGCCUUAUAUAUAAAAUAUCGACCUUGUGAUGUCCAAACCUAAUGGUGGAUAGUAAAGAUGUAAAAAAAAAAAAAGAUUUGCAAAUUAAACGCAAUUUUUAGUUGGAACUAUUUUUAAUGGAUUAAAAAAAAAUGCAUGACAGCUGUUUAUCUAUUUUAUGGAGGAAUGUAGUUAAUCAAUGAUCUGGUACCCAAUGUUAUUAAGAAGUAUUGAUUUUACAUCGAGGAUCGUUUUGAGUCGUAAUUCGAUUCUCAAUUGAAACGUUACCCCCAAGUAUCGAAUCGUGUGGUGUCCAAAUAUUCACAGCCCUAGUGGAUAGUGCCAGCCCCAGUCUGUGACGUGGGAGCACAAUCCACCAUCACUACCCACCAAGCAGGUUUAGGCAGAUGAGCUAUGUGCAUAACUUUUUCGAAAAAGAAAGGGUAAAAAAUAAACAUUUCUAUACAAUGUGAUCUCGGGAAUAAUGGGAUCGGUAUUUUUUGGACACCAACGACUGAGGUAUAUCAAACUUUGAGUGUACUGUAUAUGUCUCUCUGCUCUGCGUCUCUACCCUGAUUAUAAAACCACACGCUAUUUCCCAACAUUUUUCUGGUUGAAAAUGGAUUCUUGUUACAAUGUCAAAAAAGGGGUAAUCAACCAGGGUUUGGACUGCAUGAUGUAAUCCCCCUUAUUGAUUCCCCUAAUUGAUCAUUUUAACAUGCUUAUGGAUGUUUUCAAUCAUGUAGGUCAGGGGUGUCAGGCCAAUUAAAAUGAGGUUGUGGGCCACUUUUAGGGCUGUGAAUCUUUGGGUGUCCCACGAUUUGAUUCAAUAUCGAUUCUUGGGGUCACGAUUUGAUUCUAAAAUCGAUUUUUUUUUUCAAUUCAACACGAUUCUCGAUUCAAAAACGAUUUGUUCCCGAUUCAAAAUGAUUCUCUAUUCAUUCAAUACAUAGGAUUUCAGCAGGAUCUACCCCAGUCUGCUGACAUGCAAGCAGAGUAGUAGAUUUUUGUAAAAAGCUUUUAUAAUUGUAAAGGACAAUGUUUUAUCAACUGAUUGCAAUAAUGUAAAUUUGUUUUAACUAUUAAAUGAACCAAAAAUAUGACUUUUUUUAUCUUUGUGAAAAUAUUGGACACAGUGUGUUGUCAAGCUUAUGAGAUGCGAUGCAAGUGUAAGCCACUGUGACACGAUUGUUCUUUUUUCUUUCUUUUAUAAAUGUCUAAUGAUAAUGUCAAUGAGGGAUUUUUAAUCACUGCUAUGUUGAAAUUGUAACUAAUAUUGAUACUGUUAUUGAUAAUAUUAAUUUUUGUUUCACUACUUUUGGUUUGUUCUGUGUCGUGUUUGUGUCUCCUCUCAAUUGCUCUGUUUAUUGCUGUUCUGAGUGUUGCUGGGUCGGGUUUGGUUUUGGAAUUGGAUUGCAUUGUUAUGGUAUUGCUGUGUAUUGUUUUGUUGGAUUGAUUAAUUUAAAAAAAAAUAAUAAUAUAUUUUUUUUUUAGAUAAAUAAAUAAAAAUAAAAAAAUCGAUUUUUUUUCAAAAUGAGAAUCGAUUCUGAAUCGCACAACGUGAGAAUCGCGAUUCGAAUUCGAAUUGAUUUUUUCCCACACCCCUAGCCACUUUACAUCAUAUGUUGGGCAAAAUCUAGCCCCCGAGCCUUGAGUCUCACACAUGUGAUCUAUUCUAGGUCAUCGUAUCACAUUGUUUUGGUCAGAUCUAGAUCUAAGUCUGUAAGCAUUAACUGAUGAAGCCUGCUCAGAUGAGAGAAGAAACAUCUUUUAAGACAAACUGAGCAGUUCAGUUGUCAUCAAUUGAAUCAUCCUGACAAGACAUUUUGGACAACUCUGUGCUUCUAACAUUGUGAGAACAUUUUUAUGACAUUCCUUUUUUGUUCCAGCAUGACCUUGUCCUGUAGGGCACAAAGUAAUGUUCAAGAUGCU